AUGGCGGCUCUGGCGGCCUGGACCGCAGGAGGGGUUGCUGCAGUAAGCGCGCGACUGACCUAUGCAUACGUCGAAGGCAUCGCCUUUGUCUUCAGCAAGCCCGCCGCAGCGCUGGUGGCUGCAGCAGAGCUGACGGCAUUCGCCUGGACGGCCGGCAUCCGGCUGCCGUUCCGGGUGGCGACGGGCACUCUGGUGGCCGCCGGCACGCUGCGCGGGUUCCAGCGCCUCCUGCUGUCGAUGAGCCAUGCGGGCGUGCCAGCGGGGCACGACCAGGCGCUGGACAGCAUCUGGGACUGGGAGCCGCCCGCCUCCGCAGACGGCGGCUCCCAAUUUCCGGCGCCUGGCACAUCCUGCGCCAGCUGGCCAUCACCGCCAACAGGUGUGGUGAAGCAGGACAACCCGGCCAUCCAGCAGCUGCUCAGCCAGCCUGCCUUGGCCCCAAGCGAGCUGGCCAUGCGCCUCUACUACUUCUACCUCUCCUCUGACGACCGACCCAUGCUGGAUGAUGCCCAGGCAGCAGCCGCCGCCGGCACGCCCGCCGACGGCGCCGACGACGCGGCCGCCGCCGCGGCGGAGGGCGUGGCGCCGGUGCCGCGCGGCCUGCUGGAGCAGGUGGCGCGGUACCGGGGCGUGGCCUGCCUGCCGUACGACUACGACACCGAUGAGGGCCUGGCCAACCAGCUGUCCAGCCAGGGCUUCACCCUGCUGUGCGCCAGCCACACCGCCGACAUCUCCAGCGGCUGCCCCGCCUUCUUCCUCGAGGGGGAGCAGGAGGUGAUGCUGGUGAUUCGGGGCACCUUCAGCCCCGAGGAUGCUUUCCUCGACCUGCUGGCCACGGGGGAGGCUUUUGACCAGGCGCUGGAGGGCGACUGCCACGAGCAGGUGCUGAUUGCCAGCGACGAGGCGGAGCAGGCGCAGGCGCGGCAGCGCCGCCGCCUGUCGGGCCACUGCCACAGCGGCAUGGGCCGCGCCGCGCUCUUCCUGGGCGCCAAGUUUGGGCCGCUGCUGCGCCCGCUGUAUGCCCAGGGCCUGCGGGUCACGCUGGUCGGCCACAGUCUCGGCGCAGGCGUGGCCUCGCUGCUGGCUGUGUACCUGCGCAACCGAGGGCUGGGCGCUGACCGGCUGCGGUGCUGGGCGUACGAGACGCCCGCCUGCAUGGACCUGGAGCUGGCGCAGGGCUGCUCGGAUGUGGUGACCAGCCUGGUGCAUGCCGACGACCUGGUGCCGCGGCUGUGCAUCCGCAGCUUCGCGGGGCUGCUGGAGGAGCUGGCAGCCUUUGACUGGCGCUCGGCGGCGGAGCAGACCACGGCCGACGCGGGCAGCUCCAAGCUGGGGCUCUCGGUGGCGCAGCAUCUGGUGCCGUUGCUGGGCCUGGGCAGCGGCGGCGAGGCCGGCGGCGGCCUGCAGCAGGCAAAGGAUGAGGCGGGGGAGGUGGAGGAGGCUGGGGAUGGCGACGGCGCCCUGGUGAGCUUGGGCAGCGCUGGAUUCGAGCGCCCCUACAACGCCCACGUGCCCGGCCAGGUGGUCCUGCUCUUCCGUAAGUCUGGCGGGGACGGCCGCGAGGGCGGCGAGGGCGGCGAGGGCUUGCCGAGCAGCUGCGCCGAGGGCCAGUGCGACGGCUUGGCGCUCGUGAGCUGCACGCACCCCGCGGUGCGGCGCAUGCGCCUCAGCAGCCGUAUGAUCACUGAUCACUUUGUGGACAGCCCAGAGGUGGUAGGCGCACUGGGGGCCUAG